AGAACUCUCAUCAUGUACGCCUACGCCGAAUCGCCUAACGCGCGCGAGAACCUCGAGUUCUUUAUCGCGAAGGGUAUCCACGGGCUCGCUGAUUUUCUCUUCGUGUUUAAUGGAGAGACAGACGCUGAUUCAUUGUUGCCGGUUGGCAAACAUAAUAUCAAGAUUGUAAAAAGAGAGAAUAAAUGUUAUGAUCUAGGGACGAUAGGCGAGGUGUUGGCGAAAGAUGCGUUGUGGAAGGGGUAUAAGCGGUUUAUUACUCUGAAUGCUAGUAUACGGGGUCCGUUCUUGCCGACGUAUAGUUCGGAAAACUGUUGGAGUGAUAUCUUUCUUUCGAGGAUAACGGAUCAUGUAAAGUUGGUUGGGACGUCGAUGAACUGUAAACCGUACCAGCAUGUCCAAUCAAUGCUCUUAGCAACAGACGAUAUCGGAAUGGGCAUCCUCCUCUCACCCUCGCUGGCAGACAGCGUGGAAGUCAACGACGUAUUUGGAUCUGCUUCUGACCCGACGGGCUUCACGCCCUGCUAUGCUGCCAUGGGACAAGCGAUCCACGGCGAGAUGGGGCUCACGGAACUUAUCCGCAAGCAAGGUUAUGAGGUCGAUGUCCUGUUAACGGCUUUCCACGCCGAGACGCCAACGACGUAUUGCGAGGCUAAUGCGCAUCCGGAGGAUAUUUUGUAUGAGGGGAAGUAUUAUGGGAGUAAUGUGCACCCGUAUGAGUUGGUGUUCAUAAAGGCGAAUCGGAAUAUCGAUCCGAUUUUGUUGGCGUCGAUGACGAGGUGGCAUUUGAAGCAGAAGGAUAGUGCUUGGGAUGUUUGUGGGGGAAGAGGCAAGAAGAGAGUUGAUGGGAUGUAG